CACCUUAUUCUGCUCUAACCAAUGCGCGCUGCCAUUACGACGACACCGGUUGUCAACUUCCGGUUCGUAGCGAUCGACCAGUAAGUUACUAGCAGCGAGAGAAUGAGUUCAGGUUCCACAUGUGCUGUUGUUGGUUGUUUUAACAAUUCAAAGAAGAUAAAAAACUUUUUAGAAACUGAGUGCUUCGAUCACAUGAUUAGAAGGAGAGAAUGCCCGUGUCCGGUUCCGUAUCAGCUACAUUCAAUGCCAGAGAGUAGACGUUUAGGGUGGUUAGCUGCGCUAAAACUGAAACAUCCACCGAAAAAGGUGUAUGUCUGCUCGCACCAUUUUGUUGACAAACGCCCCACGGAUGACCAUCCCAAUCCGGAAUUAUACCUUGGAUAUGACAGACCAGUGGUGAAGAAGAGACGUGCAAUUGUUCGUGUCGAAGCGACAGCAACUGCAGAAGUGACAGACUAGGAGGAUGAGGGCAUACCUGAGGUGCCACAACCGUCAUACAGCACUAUUUCCACCCAGUGGGAAGAUCCAUCGCUUUUGGACCACAACUAUGGUGAACAGCAGGGUGUUGACGAGACAGCCAAAGCUGCCACAACACAAACUGAAGAUUUCAGCUACUCCAUGCUUCAGAGUGAUGCCGAUUCGUUCCUCUACACUGGUGUCUCACUGGAAACCUUCAACUCUCUUGUUUCCACCUUAGAUGUAUUUGCUGAAAGGGCUUUUGUUUUGUCAGUGCGAGAUCAGAUACUAAUGACACUGAUAAAAUUGAAAUUAAAUCGUGUGCUGGGUGACCUUGGUAGGCAGUUUCAUGUGUCUCAGAGUGUUGCCAGUAAGGUUAUCUCAUUCUGGAUUGAUAAAAUGGAGGAGGUCUUGCGCCCUCUUAUUAUCUGGCUCCCAAAAGAAACCAUUAAGGCCACUAUGCCAGCUGCAUUCAAGAAGUUUUUUCCCAACACUACCUGUGUCAUUGACUGCAGCGAAAGUUUGUUACAGAAGGCGAAAAAUCUUGACUCUAGAGGGGAGUCCUACAGCCAUUACUACUCGCACAACACAAUCAAAUACCUUGUUGCUGUUGCCCCAUGUGGUUUAAUCAUGUUUAUUUCAACUGGAUAUGGAGGACGUGCCAGUGACAAAUAUAUCACAAUGAACUCUGGUAUCUUGGACUAUUUAAAGCCUGGAGAUGAAGUCAUGGCAGAUCGUGGGUUCUUGGUUCGUGAUUUGCUGUUUGAAAAAAGGGUCAAAUUGGUUCUGCCUGCUUUCACUAGAGGGGGUGCUCAGCUAACUGAGGAACAAGUCACAGCAUCUCGCAGGAUUGCAAAUGUUCGGAUUCAUGUUGAGAGGGCAAUCAGGCGACUUAAAGUAUACAAGAUCUUGUCUCAAGUAAUACCAAUUAACAUGACCCCCAAAAUUGAAAAAAUCCUCCGAAUCUGUGCGGCCCUCGCCAACCUAAGGGGUGAUCUCAUCCGUGAGUGAUAAGUGACAACAGUGGUGUUCUGAGGUUGUAGUUUCAUCUGCGCAGGCACACACACACACACUUUACACAUCUACAUAAAUUGCUCCUGUAUAUUUCAUAUUGAUAUCAUAUCGCUGCCUUUUUUAUUUUUUGACUGUUUAUAUUUACUCUUUGUAUGAAAUUUGGCCUGAAAUGGUUUUGGAUAGCCAUAUGUUAAAGGUUGUAUCAGGUUUUGCGCUCGUGCACGCGAAGUCGGAGCUAAACCUCACAACACCCACCCCCUGUCGGUGAUUUGUUGGAACACUUUGUUUUGGUGGUUGGUGAAACCAAUUGUUUUUGUGUGCAGAUUUUGGACGGCAUGCUUAUGGGGCGGGCAGAUAGCGGAUCGUUAGGAAAGAUUAGAUGAAUGUGAUCAUUUCUUUUUGAGCCUGAAAUCGCUGAUACAACCUUUUAAUUAAAAAAAUCUUGUAUAAUAUGACUUAAUGUUUUUGGUUUUUUUUGUAUUUAUAUGAUAUUUGUAUUUUUGUAAUUUAUUUUUUGCCAUGAAAAUAGCUUUGA